UCAAAUAAUAUGCAUAAUAGAUAUUUCAUGAAAUACUAUCUAACCCCAUUAACCACACACCUUACUUGCUCAAGUCGUCCAACUUGAAUGAACUAAAGUCAUACUUCAUCGCAUUGUAUGGUCUACAUUUGUUCGUGAGGAUGCAAUAUCGAUAAAGUUGACCUUUAAAUCUUUUUCUCCUUGAAUUAAUUCCCUCAUUACUUUGCUUAACAACUUUCACCACUCCCAUUAGGUCGUCAAAAGCACAUUCCAUAGUUAGUAACUAUGUUAGCCAUCCACUUAAACUUGUUUAAGUCAUUUAACCAAACUCUAAUUCCUUUCGUGGCAAUUAAGAAUAGUAUUGGCCCACCAUAAUCAGGAAAGUCCAAUCUUAUGCCAAAACAAAGAAGGAAACCUGAUCUUUGAAUUAAAAACCUACUCCCAUUACUGUCCUGCAAUUGAAGCAUUUCCCACUCUUCUCCAACCCUAAAUACCUACUCCCAUUACUGUCCUGCAAUUGAAGCAUUUCCCACUCUUCUCCAACCCUAAAUUGCACUUCUCUUCUUGCAUCCAUCCUGUUAGAGAGUGGUAUAAGAUCCAGCAUAACCUUCUCCCAACAACUCGAGUUAUUGGGACCAACUGGUUUAUGUCAUGGUAUCAGAGUCUAGAACCGAAAGGUCAUGUGUUCGAAUCUCCACGACCCCCAAUAUUAACCGUUGUCUUUCAAGCACAUGGUAUGGUGGGCCUGUGCAAACUUCAAGCCCGUGAGUUGGCUUUCGUUUGAGGGGGCGUGUUAGAGAGUGGUAUAAGAUCCAGCAUAACCUUCUCCCAACAACUCGAGUUAUUGGGACCAACUGGUUUAUGUCACAUCCGACUGUUUCCUCAAGCGGCGGGUCUUCCUUCAAUCCGGCUGUGGAGAUGACUGACAAUUGCAGUUUGGAUCGGGAUGUGCUGCUAAGUUCACUCCUUUUUCCUUUUGCCGCCAGAAAACGACGUUCAAUCUAUCCAGAGGGAAACCUUCCUCCUCCUCCCUUGAAUCAGCUCAUCAAAUUGGGAGAUGGUCCCCUCAUCAAGAUUAUGAUACGCCUCCCAACCCCUAGAUCCUCCUGCCUCUCCAAAGCCGUCUGCAAGCCGUGGAGAACCCUCAUCUACGAUCCCAGCUUCGAUCGUUGCUUUAUUUCCCAUCACCAGACCAGGUGCGAACCAGCAUUUCUGUUCCUUACCGCACGUGACCCCAAUUCGAUCAUCCUCAGAUUUAUCCCCGUGCGUGACAAAGCUCGAUGGGGAUUCAGAGUCAUGGACUGUUUCAAAGACUUGCUUUUAUGCGAAUUUCUCGAACAUGAUAGAACCGAAUUGCGGAGAACCUACGUGUUCUGCAAUCUGUUUACAAAGCAGUGGAUUGCCCUUCCUUUAGCGCCUGAAAGGUCAAAUUCGGGGUAUAACCUUUCGCAGCAUUAGUCAGUCAGUCCUGUAGUAAAUGUAGUCUUGUGAAGCAGCUAGGCGAAGAAUCAGAACCUGCAGCAAUUUAUUUCGAGUAUGUUUUCCUCAUGGUGCGUAAUCUUCAAAUUUGCGGCUCUACAGUACUACAAGUGUUUUUUCCGAGUCUGGGAAUGAUAGCAUGACAAGGACAAUGACCAAUGUAGUCUUGUGGAACGGGGAGUUGUUUUGGUUGAAUUUCGAAUUCAGUUUGUUCCGCAAAAUCCUGUUGCGUGUAACCCUUUCCGCCUUGAUAUACCUCUCAAGCGUAUGAUUGUAUCUCAUGCAUUGUGGUGUGCAAUGGGACAGGGAGGUGCCACUCUCGCGGUCUCGCAAGGUGCUCUGCACAUAGUUGUAUUCGAAGUUGAAGGUCUACGUCGCGGUUCGAGAAAUGCCUUGAGUGUUUGGAGACUGGAAGAAGAUGAUGAGCAUUGGACCGGACAGUAUUGGCGCAUACUAUAUGAAAUGGUGUUGAGACCAUUGGGUAAGUGUGUACUUUUUAACUGUUGUAUGCUUUGUCUACGGAUCCUCUUGAUGGUCGUAUCUACUCCUGCAAUUUGAGGUCCGGGACGGGAGAGCUAUAGAUGUUUUCUACAGUAUUGCCAUUUUGUUAUGAACCUGAUUGGAUGGCGUUCCAGCCCAUAGUCACUUGUUGGCCUGCACCAAUUCUACUCGCUGAAUUGGAUGGUUGUAUCUACUCGCCGCUUGAGAGGUAUGUAUGAUGGAAGCUAUCGUUGUUGGGUCCAGAACACUACUGCAACAACACUUCCCUCAACCACUGGUAAUUAAAGUUUGGAGGAAGCGACGAGAUUGACGCGUUAUCGAGUCUAGAGUAGAAAGCAGCGAUGGUAUACUGUUCUUGUUUGACAAGAUUGAUGAGGCGGCGCAACUUCUGCUAUAGUUCGUACUGGUUUUGAUUUCAUUAUCAUUAACUUUGUACUAGAACGGAAGCCCGCGCUACAUAGCGGGAGGUGAAUUUAGUAAUUUAGAACUAUAGUUUGUGAGGAGGCAGAACGACAACGCAAUUAUUGAGAGCCUAAAUUAGAACAAUGUGGGAAGCUAUUACAAAAAAAGAACAAUGUGGAA